GCCAUGGUGGUGAUUCGUGACAGGUCUUGUAUUCUUCCAUUCCAUACAUCCUCAUCAAUGACAAUGCCUUUUUGAUCCCCUGAAGCAUCGAAAAGGGUAGAAGAAGCACAGGACCGCUUUAGUCCGGAAGUGCGGGCAUAAAGCUCCUGAUUGCGCUGCUGAAUUGACUUCGCCAUGCUUUCGAUUACACCACACCGGCUGAGCUCCAUUUGCAGCGCAAGCAGAACCGCAAUCUUCAGGGUAUGGGUGCUUGAUGUGGCUGGAGUCAGGAACUGGCCAGCAUUACAGGAUGAAAGGGGCUUGGUGACGAUGUCAUGUGAAGCUGGUGGAUCGAUGGCAGGAACAGAUGAGGGUGGUAUGAUUACAGGACCGACUUCCUCUCGGCAUCUACUUCACAGUUUGCUCAUGAUGGCGUACUCUUUGGAAAGGCAGGGUCCCUGUGGAGCUGAAGCAGCGGAUUCUGCUGAAGAGGCGCUCCACCCACAAACUUCAGCAGCUAGAGUUUUGAGAAGGAACUGGCCGAAUGCAAAAGGAAGUCAAUCAGUUUUUGAUGGCCGCUCGGAGCAUUCCAAGGAGAGAGGUUUUCCUCCCUCUCCAGUCGCAAAACUCUCUGGUGCAUUCGAUUCUUCGACUUCAUGCGCACUUCCAUACCACCACGCACCACCGUACCACCACUCGUUCGCCACCUCAGCGCCCCAAUCUUCGUCUAGCGAACGAAGCGAUGACUCAGCGGAUGGUAGUUCAGCGCCAUCGACUUCUGGAAGCUCCUGGUUUGGGCGUAUGAAGGGGAUGCUUGGUAUGGGGAAGAAGAACGAAGAGAAGCAGGAUGAGGCAUUCACGCUGGAAAGAUUUGAGUCCCAGAUCAAGCAGGCACGCCGCUUUGCCGGCGUUGGUCAACUGAUGGGGCGGGCUCAGUCAGUUGAAGCGCGAGCAAUGCUCCGGCUCUUUGAGAAUUCAGAGAAGAUUCUGGGGGCCAUGAGCGCAGAGGAGAAGCAAGAUCUGCAAAAGUUGAAUGCAGCAAGGAAAGCUUCUCUUGCGGAGUCGGUGGGGCUGACUCCGAAGGACGUGGAUGACAUGAUGACGCAGUAUGACGUAGCCAGGCAGACGUCCGACAGGCUCGCGCAGAUGAAGCGGGAAGGGAAGCCGAUGCCUAAAACGAUCGAAGAGAUGCAAAAGUUUGCCGCUGAAAACAUGGGCACGCUGCCUCGUCCCGGCGCGCCCCGACCCGCCACUCAGUCGGCACAGCCCGCGCCAAAAGCUGCACGUGUUCCACGGAAUGCCCUGUGUCCCUGUGGCUCCAAGAAGAAAUACAAGCGGUGUUGUGGAAGGGACGAACCCGGUGUCAAGGCGGCAUGAUCUGUUGUCUUGAUGCGGUCUUCUCAGGUCGGGGCAUUAAUAGCAAAAGGUCCAAAACAAUCUGUUCGAGACCCUUUUUAAUCGAGCUUCCAAACAUUUUCUGGUCC